AUGGCCCUUGCCUCCAAUGACAAGCGAGUUACCCACACCAGUCCACAAAUUUCAGGAUUCACAGGCCAGAAGAAGACCCAGAUUGAGGAUGCAUUUAGCGAUGCCAUAGAAAUGGCAAAAAAUGUUCUUACUGCGCCCACCAUAGCUUUUGAGUCUAUUUUUGAUAAAUAUUUCCCUCCCGACGAUAAAGCGACAGUUCUAAGUGUCUUCGAGACGAUUACUGGCGGAAGUGCGACAGGAUAUGCUGGCAACUCUCGUCUAAGUGAUAUGACUAUUAUCCAAGACUACAGACAUGCGGAUGGUUAUACAUCUUGCACUGGAGAUCAAGUGUUUGCAGAGCUGCUUGAUAAUGAAUCCAGCAGCCCUAAAUUGGUUCUUUGUAAUCCAGCAUUUCUGUUUGGUGGGAUUGAGAAGGGCUAUACAGGAGUGGACGCUGUCACCUGCAACAAUGUUGGAAGAAAAGUCAGUGAGUACAUGGACACAUUAGGUUCGACAUUGUUGCAUGAGUAUACGCAUUUUGCCAAGUUGGUUGUACCCCCACUGUUUUUUCCAACAGUUGAUCUUCCUAAUGGGUAUGGAGCUUGGAACGCCCAGAAUUCGAUUUCCAACAGUGAUGCGAUAUCCAAUGCCGACAAUUAUAAUUGGUUUGCAACUGAGCUCUUCUGGACUGUGCACUGCACGCGUUGGUUUGAAGCUCCUGAUGAGCCUACGGAAUGUUUAUGGUAA